AAGCCAAUGUGAGAGUUCGAAAGUCAAACUAAUUUUUGCCAAUCUGUAAGCUGUGAGUGUAUUUGGGAUUUAGCUCUCUAUUUUUGAGGACCGCAAUAUUCCUCUGUUGGAGAAUCCUGCUUAUUUAUACAAUUUGAACAGUUUGCAGCUACUCACAGGCUUGCUACCUCAGAAAACCAGCUAACGUUGGCCAAUCUGUGCCAGCUACCAACUAACCACGUUAUGGUCAAAGUGAACAUCGGAUAUUUGAAAUCGUGUGUUUGAAACACUUGGUGUUUCGUGUCCAGAGUCGUUCUCACACUUAAAUAAUCAGUUUAUUUUGAAGCCUUGGUGUUCGUGUUAGUUAUGAAGAUUAUAACAAUCAUGCAGACUUUCAAAUGUUGAAUGUAGUGGAUGGCGUUCGCAGUUUCAUAAGUUCCUUGCUCCAUUUUGUGGUUUUGAAUUUAUAUCAGUAUCCAGAAUGGCGAGAAUAAAUGAUGACAAAUUGAAACAGCACAUGGAGGAUGAGAUGAAUAGGUUUGAAGCAGAAAUUGCUCUGCCUGUUCUUCCUCCUCCACCGCCACCUCCACCACCGCCACCUCCACUUCUUGCCGUUGCGCCACGGCCGGUCAUCGGAUCCAACACGUAUACUCAAGUACAGCGACGACUAGAGGAACAGCAGACCUUACCGCCAGCAGCACCAGGACCAGAGUUUCCACCCUGCCCUCCCAUGGGAUUCCCACCAAUGAUGCCUCCACCCGCACCAUCUUUUCCUGGCAUUCCCCCACCACCACCACCCCCUCCACCAUUGCUCAUACCACUUCAGGUUCAGCGCGGCCCACCAGUCAGGCACCCAAUGCGUGGGGUUGGCAUGGGACCCCCUGGACCCAUGAUUGGUGGUCCUCCUCCAGGGUAUAUGGGACCUCCUAAUCUGCCUCGUCCAGGUCCUCCCUUCAUGGGCCCUCCGGGUCCUGGGCCUGGGCCCCAGGUGAUGCCUAUGGAACACAUGCCAACACAAAUGCCUCCAUCUCAGCCUCAGAUACCUGCUAUUGUAAGCGCUACGCCAAAGUUGUAUCUUGCCAAGGCACCUGGUGCCAAGUCAGAAACGGAAUCAGAUGAUCAGCGGAAGGGAAUCAAGAAGAAUAAGUCUGGUAAUGAAAAGAGCAUCAUGGCUUCUCAAGAACUGUCUCAUCGUGCGUGGGAUACGGCCGAAAAGGUGAAGGCGAGCGCGGCGAUGGUGUCCGUCGGUCCUGGAUCGCAGCAGUCAGGAACUGCAGAAGAAGCGGUUACCGCCCCAGGCCGCAAAAAGGAGAAGAAAAACAAGAAGAUAAUUCGCAUGGCUGGUGGGCAGAUCUGGGAAGAUAAUUCACUUCUGGAAUGGGAGGACGAUGAUUUUCGAAUUUUCUGUGGUGAUUUGGGCAACGACGUGACGGACGAAAUUCUGACGAGAGCCUUCAGCAAGUAUCAGUCCUUCAUGAAGGCGAAAGUGGUACGAGACAAACGGUCCAAUAAGACCAAGGGGUUUGGAUUUGUCAGCUUUAAGGACCCUCAAGACUUCAUCAAAGCUAUGAAGGAGAUGAACGGGAGGUAUGUAGGUAGCCGACCCAUCAAACUGAGGAAAAGCACGUGGAGACAAAGGAACAUGGACUCCGUGCGAAAGAAGGAAAAGGAGAAAACGGCCCUCAUUGGUUUGCUGACAGGCAGAAGACAGACGUAGGACAACUGGUUCCUCGAACUUCUGGCGAGCGGCGUUCGUCAGCCGGCAAACGAAAGAACAUGGCGCCUGUUUGUCGCUUACAAAUACUUAAGGAAGAAUUCUUGUGAUAUGUCCCGUUGUUUGCGAUAGCAUUUCCUGACAACGUCAGCGUGUACUAUUUUUGCAAUGCAAUGUUUAUGUUUAUAAAUGACAGCUGUUUGUGUCAGGUGUUCGUUUCAGUUUUGGUCCAUGUUAUGAACUCAGUAGUAAAAUGAGCAACGAUCAGCGUAUUCAAAUCGAAGGGAACUGCGAAGAAGAGACUUAAUUGUUGCUUAGCUGAUCAACUUGUAGGCGUUGACGUAAGAAGUGGGCGAGUGGGAAAUGUGCGAGGAGAAUAAACACUGACAAAAAGGAAUUUGGCGGAUGAAACAGACGUGGCUGAGGGACUGACUGACAGAAUGCACGUAUCAUAGUUAGUUUACGAACCUUCGGGCCCUAACGAAUGUUUAUCUCGUGGCACUCCAUGAUUUCUGCGAGCCUCGUGCAGUAUCGUCUAGUAUGACUAAGAAUUUCAAGUUAGUAAUCAAUAAAAGUAAUAAAUUCAGUAA